AACCUGGGCACCCAGCCUUGUGUCACCUCCCAACUGUCACCAGAAGUCCAAGGUUCCAGGAUGUUUACUUGGGAGUAGAAUUACAAGGCCGUAGGCCCGUGUGCUCCUUCACCUCCUGUCCUUUCGAAGCCACGUGUGCUCCCCGAAGCCCUGGCCCAGAGCAUUGGUUGCUUGGUGUCUUCACCAAUCCUUGGUAUCAUCCACUUUCUUCGUUUUCGUCGAUCUGAUGUGACUCCCUGCCCCGCCCUGGGCACUCCGAGCCAUGGCCGACACCGUCUUCGGCAGUGGGAGCGACCAGUGGGUUUGCCCCAACGAUCGGCAGCUCGCCCUGCGAGCCAAGCUGCAGACAGGCUGGUCUGUGCACACCUACCAGACAGAGAAGCAGAGGAAGAGCCAGUGUCUCAGCCCUGCUGAGGUGGAGGCCAUCUUGCAGGUCAUCCAGAGGGCAGAGCGGCUGGACAUCAUGGAGCAGCAGAGAAUCGGACGGCUGGUGGAGCGGCUGGAGACCAUGAGGCGGAACGUGAUGGGGAAUGGCCUUUCCCAGUGUCUGCUCUGUGGGGAGGUGCUAGGCUUCUUGGGCAGCUCAUCAGUAUUCUGCAAAGACUGCAGGAAGAAAGUCUGCACCAAAUGUGGGAUCGAGGCCUCCCCUGGCCAGAAGCGGCCGCUUUGGCUGUGUAAGAUCUGCAGCGAGCAGAGAGAGGUCUGGAAGAGGUCGGGGGCCUGGUUCUACAAAGGGCUCCCCAAGUACAUCCUGCCGCUGAAGACCCCUGGCCGGGCCGAUGACCCCCACUUCCGACCUCUGCCCAUGGAGCCCACCGAGCAAAAGCCCAGAAGCACUGAGACUAGUCGUGUCUACACGUGGGCCCGAGGGAGAGUGGUUUCCAGUGACAGUGACAGUGACUCAGAUCUCAGUGCCUCUAGCCUGGAGGACAGACUUCUUCUGACAGGGGUCAGGGAGCCCACAGGUGCCAAGCCCUUCGGGGAAGCAGGUGGCAGCAUGGAGUCCCCCAAGAUGGGGCCCCCCCGCCAGCCCAGCCCCCUCUCCGGGAGCCAGAGCAGCCUGGCCAGUGAGACUGGCACCAGCUCUGCAGACCCACAGGGCACCUCAGGCUGGCCAGACCCAAAGAGCCCCGGCAAAAGGCCUGCCUGGGCAAUUCCCCGUUGCUGACACGACCUCCCAAGGCCCCGCCUGCCUGCCCCAGCAGAGACCUGUUUGGUGCACGGAGCAGACUUUGCAGUGGAGGAGUUCGAGAGAGAAAGCAAGCUGGGAGGGUCUGGUGAGCAGCCUGCAGCCCU